GAGAAUGCGCCUCAAUGAUAUGCUCGGGUGCCUCGACCACAGAGAUCCUUUGCUUUAAUUUACUUUAUUUUUAAAGUGGCAACAACAUUCUUCUUGCAAUGCGUUUUUGGGAUUGAUAUUUAGUUAAAUAUGGCGGCUCCCACCGGCGGAUCUGGUGUUGUAGUACCCCGAAAUUUUCGUCUUCUUGAAGAACUAGAACAAGGACAGAAAGGUGUUGGAGAUGGCACUAUUAGUUGGGGUUUGGAAGACGACAGUGAUAUGACCUUAACUCAAUGGACUGGAAUGAUUAUUGGACCACCUAGAACCCCAUACGAGAACAGGAUUUACAGUUUGAAAGUUGAAUGUGGACUUCAAUAUCCUGAUGAACCACCAAGUGUUAGAUUUAUUUCAAAAAUUAAGAUGACUGGUGUUAGUGACUCUGGAAUUGUGGAUAGAAGAACCUUGCCUGUAUUAAGUCACUGGCAGAGAAAUUAUUCAAUUAAAACAGUUCUUCAAGAGCUUCGCAGAGCAAUGACUUUAAAAGAAAAUCAAAGGCUAAGUCAACCACCAGAGGGCUCUGCAUUUUAGCAUUAAGUGCACAUAUACUAUAUGAAAAGGGUUCUAAACGACUGUUUGUUGCCAGGCAUUCUCGUGUGCUUGGUAUUUAUUUGCCCAAGUUGGACUACUGGAGUCAAUAAUAAAGUCUUUUUGUAUAUUAAUGCUUUACACUACCUUGUUGGUCUCUCCCUCCACUGUUAUGUGUGGACGCUGCAGAUUGUUCUUAAUUACACAAAAAUAAAUAAAUAAAUAAAAUGGCAAGGUACUAGUAAACGCAAGUAAUUGGCUUUAACCAACAUAAAAGAUAAAGUAAUAAGUUUUCACAAGCAUUAGCACGCAAAUUGCGAAUGAUACUUAAAGUUGUGCCUUUUGUUCUCUUUUUCAUAUACUUGUAGAUAUUAUGAAACAAAGGCACAUGUAAUUGAUUGUAGCAGUUUUUUCCAUACAUUUUCUCACGGCUACUGUUCAAAUUAUUGAUAAUUGAUGAAAACUUGUAUAUGGUAAUAAAAUUAUUGCUAUGUUAAAAAAAAAAUUUUUUAAUCAUUAAGUUAUGAUUUGUGUGCUUAUUAAUGUUUACAAUAAUUUAUGUUUUACAAUUUGUAAAGUUUUUAUAUCAUAGCUACCAACUCUAUAAUUUUUCAAACUUCUCGUGUUAGUUUAGAAAUUUCUCAUCUUUACAAUCCUAGAAAAAAAUUAAAUUCACUUUAUGUUAAACAUGAACACAAGAUAUUCUUUUCCUGCAAGUGUCUUAAAAAAAAUUUAAAUAUUAACAUUUCUUGUACGUUUUCAAAGGUCAAACUUUUAAAAAUGGUGCUAUUUUAACUCUGCAAAAUCUGUAUUACUUUGUGUGAGCAGAUGUUUUUGAAAAGGUGAAUUUUAAAUUAUUCUGGGCUUCUCUAAAAAUUAUAUCUUCAUGUGCCAUUGUGCAUCUUUUCCUAUAUAAAUUUAUUCUACUCUUUAUAAGAUAAUUGGAUUAUUAGUACUAUUUUGCUAAAUUAUAUUCAAAAUUAGUUAUCAAAAUAGAAACCAAGCUUUAAACCUCUUUUGCUUACAUAGUGAAUACAAAUUUUGUUUUUAUAUAAAUAACACCAUUUAUAAAAAUAAAAAAAUUUAAAAAAAAAAAAUGCUUUGGACUUUUCUAAAUAUAUUAGCAAUUUUAACAAGAAAAAUUUUCCAUUGCAGGGGGAAGAAAUUCUGUUUCUAUAGAAUCAAUAUUUCAAUGCAAUAAUUUUCUUUUUCCUCAAGUGGAAAAUAUUUUUUUGGAGUUGAAAUAAAAAGCAAUAUUUUUCUUUUUAAAGGAUUUAUUUUAUUUCUUACUUUAGCAUCUAUUUUUCAGACACAUAUUAUCUAUAAAAAUUUCAGUCUGAAAUAUUAUGAAUACUUUUGAGUUAAUAUUAUUGAUUAUUAAAAGAUAUCCUGGUUGCAUGUUAAACAGAUAAUAUAGGAAAGCUUCACUAUGAUUUCCUGCAUAUUAAUUGCAUGUAUAUCUAAUCAAAUAAAGUAAAUAUUGUUAAUAUGUAUGCAUUCUAUAUCAAGUUAUGUUUAAAGAACUCUGAGUUGGCAGCAAUGAUAUAUAAUUAUGGAACAUUUAUUUUAAGGAAUUUUGUAUUCUAGAUAAAUUUGUAUCUAAUUUUUGUUUGUUUGACGAAAUAAAAAGCUGUCAGUUUCAAUUUUAUAGAAUUUUUUCCUUAUCCAAUUAAUGUUGAAAAAUAUGUAUAGAGCUUCUUUGUUUUCUCAUUUGAUUCUGUAAAAGAGACACUUUAAGAAGACUUCGUGAAUAAAAAUUUAAUUUUAAUAAAA